AUGGAGCCAGUGCUGUGCUUUGAGUCCAGAAACGGUUCAUGCCAGAGGACAAUCUAUCCCUUGCCAAUACGCAUCACCCUCUAUAUGAUUCUAGGGGUCACAGUCAUCCUAACAGUGUGUGGAAACCUUUUGGUCACUAUCUCAAUUACCUAUUUUAAGCAGCUCCAUACUCCAACCAAUUACCUGAUUGCCUCUCUGGCUGUGUCUGACCUUCUUUUAGGUCUGUUAGUCAUGUUCCCUAGUAUGAUUCAAUGUGUAGAGACUUGCUGGUAUUUUGGUGAUGCCUUUUACCGACACUAUGCUAUUUGCCAUCCUCUACUAUACAAGAGAAAAAUAUCUGUUAAUGUUGUGUUGAUCAUGAUUCUGCUCAGUUGGGGUAUUUCAGCUCUCAUAGGCUUUGGAAUGAUUUUUCUGAAAUUAAAUCUUUGGGGGAUUGAGGAGUUCUACUAUGACCACAUUGCGUGUGAAGGUGGAUGUGUUUUGUUUCAGAGUGGACUGUCGAGUACUGUCUCAUCAGUACUUUCCUUUUAUGUUCCAGGAAUACUAAUGCUGGGUGUUUAUCUUAAGAUUUUUCUUGUGGCACAGAGGCAGUUACACAGCAUACAGAAUGCAAGCUGUAUGAGCUCAGCAAGAAUGUCAAAUACCAGCCAGACAAAAGCCACUAAAACACUUGCUAUCAUAAUGGGGGCAUUUCUUUCAUUUUGGACUCCUUUUUUUGUUUGUAACAUUAUUGACCCCUUUAUCAGUUACUCAAUACCUCCAGCACUGUUUGGAACACUUGUCUGGGUGGGCUACUUGAAUUCUACUGUGAACCCUGUAAUAUAUGCAUUUUUUUAUAGUUGGUUCAGAAAAGCAUUUCAAUUAUUCACUUCAGGUAAGACCUUUAAAUCUGACAUGUCAGAGGCAACACUUUUCACAGAAUAA